AAGUUGAGCAGCAACUCAGCAGAAGCACACCACUACGGCCGGUUCGUCGUCCCUAGAUAAGCUGGUGCGUCUCGCGGCGUGGUGGAUCGGAGGAGAGGUGGGACAGGCAGGCACCCAUGGCGGGGCUACAGAGGUCGGCGACCACGUUCAGAAGGUCCGGGUCCUCGGGCCUGGUCUGGGACGAGCGGUUCCUGACCGAGGCCGAGGCCGAGGCGAAGGCGAAGGCCGGCGGUGGCGCCGCCGCCGCCGAGGACCCCCAGCCGGAGCUCCGGCACUCCAGGAGCGUCGGGAGCAUCGGCAUGCUGCUCCGUGGUGGAGACAGCGACGACGGCAAUAAGAAGGCGAAGGAGGUGGAGAAGGCGCGCGGCGGGCAGCAGCAGCGGGUGUUCCGGACCAAGGACGUGGCCCCCGACAUGGACCCGCCCUCGCCGAGGGUGUCCGGCUGCAUCCUCUGCGCCAUCCUGGGCGGGGGCUCUGGCGGCGGCAAGGCACGCCGCCGGUCCAAGCCCAAGCCCAAGCCCAAGCCUAAGCCUAAGCCCAGGAAGGAUGUAGCGACGACGGCGGCGUAGGCGCGUAGCAGCACGUACGUACGUCGCGUUGUCUUUCCGCUGUAAAAAAACAAGUUUGGGGGUCAUGGUUGUGUGAGAGUGCACAUGUUUAUACAUACUGGUAGCGGUAGGCAGCGUCAUAUGAGCUUGCUACUCGAUGUAAUGUAUGUACACCAUUUUUAGUCAGGUUAGUUUCCUCUCUUUAA